UUGUGUGAAACAACGAAUGGCGAAGCUCUUUCUCCACGUUUGUUUAUUUUGAAUGUUUUUUGAGUGAACUGGCAGUGACGUUUUGAGACAUUCUUUAACUUUUUAAGAAUUUUUCAUUUUUAUUCAAUGAGACUUCUUUUUUACUAAUAAUAUGGCCGAUAACUCACCUUCUUGUUCCAUUGAUUGGAAUCUUCCAACAUUUUGUAUUGUUACUGGAGCUAGUCGUGGACUUGGCCAAACAAUAGCAAUUGAAUUUUGUAAGAGAUUCUGCAACGGCAGUUGUACAUUGUUAAUUGCUCGUGAUAAUCAAAAGUUAUUAAUUACUCAAGAUGAAAUUCAGAAAACUAGCGCUGUUAAAACGCAAGUAAUUGCACUUGAUUUGGCGAUUCUUGAUAGUCCUAGUUACGAACAUCUUCUGACAAAAUAUCUUCAGCAAACAGGUUGCACCGCUUGCAACUUUCAACAAGCAGUUUUAGUUCACAACGCUGGUACACUAGGUGAUGUAUCGAAAACAGUGACUAGUUGCAUAUCAUCAAAAGAAAUCAAAGAUUAUUUUAAUCUUAAUCUUCAUUCUGUUAUGUUCCUGACAUCGGCUUUUCUUGAAGUUUUCGGAGUUACUAAACGAAAACUUAUUAUCAAUAUUUCCUCGUUAGCUGCUAUUCAGCCUUUUAAAGGAUGGAAUUUAUAUUGUACUGGAAAAGCAGCAAGAGAAAUGUAUUUUCGAGUGUUAGCUGAAGAAGAUAAAAGUGUUGUUAUUUUGAACUAUGCUCCGGGACCUCUGCUUACAGACAUGCUUCCUCAGAUUUUAGAACAAGCUUUGCCAGAGAUAAAGCAACAAUUUCAAGCUGCUCAGUCUCAAAACCAGCUACUAACAUGCGAGUAUACUGUUCAGAAGCUUAUUGGAGUUCUAGAAAGGUCACGCUUCAAGUCUGGGGAUCAUGUGGACGUUUUUGAUGCGAAUUAUUAAGUAAUGGUAUGAACAGAUGUAAUUUCAUUUAAUUCAAAUUGCAUUUUUAUCAGGAAAAAAAUCGAAAACAAAAUUUUAUUUUUUACUAAAAGAACGCUAAGUGUAUAAAAGUAUAUCAAAGCUUGUAUUUCUAUUGAAAUGUUUGUUUUUUGAUAUAGUUUUGAAAAUAAAAUUGUAUGUUUUGUAAAUAC